AUGGGAUUGACAAAGAAGGAUCCUACUUCGAGCACCAGCAACCAAACCGCACCGAGCAAACCCCGGCGGAAGGCGAAGAAAGUCGCGGAUGGGUCAAAAACAAUUGCGCCUGGGGGCUCUCAGCCAGAGACUUUUGGCACACAAAACGACGCAGCGAAACCAAUCAAAGGGCGUUCUCGAAAUACUGCCAAGAGAAAUGAUUCAGGAAACAUGACUUUGGCUGGGAAAGUUACGAAGACAAGCGGCGACCCACCAGCAAAGAAAUCCAGCGAAGGGGGGAAGAAGAAAACGAUUGCCACAGAACUAUCUUCUUUGGAGGAUGCACCGGCGAAAUUUUCCUCCAAGGAAUCCAAUGUCUUAGGAAAGGACGAGGUUUUGCAUCUGGACGAGGCAGUGAGAAGAAGGAUAGACUGGACACCACCGAGGGAGACCGCUUACGAGGGAAUCGCUACCGUGAACAAUGGUGGGAGCCAGAGUAAAUACCAUGAUGCGAAUCUUAUGGCUGGGUUUGGCAAGCUAGUAUCCGAUUAUAAUUACUCUGGGUUAACUUUGAAUCCCCGCGACUUUGUGCAGAAUGCAAAUAGCGGAGGACCAACAAAGCGUCGACGGAUAGAGCUGGUUACUCCUGAAAUCCAAGCGUUGCUCAAUGGAAGGUCUUCUGAUUCAAGUGAUCAGACAUCUGCGCAAGGGAAGAAAAUGGCAUCCUCGGGAAAGCCCCAAAGGACAGUCAAGAGCAAACCUAAGAAGUUCACCACCUUGACGGCACGCAUGACUGCUCAAUAUUCAAAAAAUGACGCAGAAGAGGAUGAGCUGGUGAUUGAUAGCCUUCCGGAUACCAGAACGACGAAAGGAAAACGAAGAAGGGCAAAAGAGACAGAGAAACAGUCUUCGUUCGCUGUACUUUCCCCGGAAGCGGCUGUCGAAUUUCUAAAUGAUCAAGAUCUUGUAUUCGGCACGUGCAGUCAACUGGAAAGAGAUGAUUCGCCGCAGACUCUGCGAGAAAUUCAGCAAGCCAUCCGUGCCUCCGAGGGCCUUUCAUAUCCGGAGGGGACGCACAAAAAGGACUCCAGGACGACCCAAGAAUCAUCUACUCGUUCUGUUUCAAGGUUGGCAGGCACUAGGAACCUGUGGUGUGUUGGCGCCAGAGACACCGAAGGGUCUUUGAUCCAACUAGAAACACUCAACGUGGUAGACUUGACGGAUGGGGGAGAGCCUCCUGCAAAAAAAGGUCAUGAUAACGUGGAACAAGCAAGCCAAAAGUCUCUUCGGAGGGACUGGUUUGAGCUUGAAUUCCCAGACAUAGAUUCACCCCCAGAAAAAAGACCACCAUUAGCACCUUUGACCGAAAGAGACUUGGAUUCAGACACGCUUGUUCAAGCUCCAGCUCCUAUCCUGGCAGCUACAGCUAUGCCUAUGACCGAGGCAAAAGCUGCAAAGCCUGCAAAGCCUGCAAAAGAAGCCGAGAACACCCCGACUGAAGCGGUUGAUUUCCAGUCCACUACCUCUCAGGCAUCUCCAAUGCCACAAUAUACAGGAUUUACAGACGCGGAGUUGUCUAAGCAAAUCUUCACUUAUGGCUUCAAGGCAGUUAGGGGCCGCAAGAAGAUGAUCGAUCUCCUUCAAAAAUGUUGGGAAUCGAAACACGGUAGGAAUCUUACCUCUGGCAGCCAGCCUACGUACCAACCCGAGCAACAAAAAGACCCUGUCUCUAAAAUGGACAAAGUCCUCAACCCCACCUCGGCUACGAAGACGAAGGCGACAGUGAAGUCCAAAUCAGGAACAUCUAUAAAGAGCCGAAAAUCACUUGACGAGACAUUAUCAACUUCUAUCUCGCGGACUAGUCUCCAGAUAAGCCCAAAGAAGAACUCAAGAGGGAAGCCUACCACCGGGACUUCUUCAUCAUUAAUGGAUGUAGAAGAGAUUCAAGACUCAGAAGAAGACAUCAUCCCCUCACCAAUUCAAGUACAAAAGCACUAUGCCGACAUCUAUGCAAAAUCUAAGACAAGUGGUCGGAUGGAACACAACUCCUUGACUAUCUUCACAAAAACACCACAUUCAAGUCCGACCAAGCGCAAGGUUGUUUCUCCGAUUUCAGUUAAAAGACCAUCAUCCUCUGCAUCUAUUACAGACAACCACGCAGCGGAAUUCUCCGAAGAGAUCAGCCUGGCUGAAAUCUCUGCAAAGAUCACCCAAGCUGUUCGCGUUCAGCCUCGACUCUCGCCACUCUUGUCAUCUCGCGGGAGCCGUAUUCGGCCGACAUGGCAUGAAAAGAUCCUUAUGUACGACCCUAUCAUUCUGGAAGAUUUCACAGCAUGGCUCAAUGUUGAGGGGCUUGGUCUCGUUGGUGAAGAUCGCGAGGUUGGCACUGCGUUUGUGAGAGAAUGGUGUGAAAGCAAAGGAAUCUGUUGUUGCUGGAAAAAGAAUGUCAGCUGGUAA